AUAGUAGCCUACAUGGAACAUAAAUAAAAUGUCACAUUCACUGACAGCCUCGCCUGAUCUAGGUCAAUGUCAUACGGUGCGUAACGUGUAACGUUUAUUUGCAAAGCACACAGCAUAAUAAUAGAGGCCUUGCUUGGCCUCACGUUGAAGUAGAUUCUCAGCCGGUCAAAGACAUCGCUUAUCUCCGUGUUAGUAGAUAGCACACUAGCUAGACCUAGCUUUCUACACAGUACUACACUGCGAGCACGCUGUCGGUUUAUAAAAUAAUUAUAAAGUAAGUUCUUUGUAACUCUCUCACAACACAAGCAGCAUGGCGUCACCUGUCAGCACACGAAGAGCCAUCUACACAAGUAAAUCACUCAAGUCACCAUACCUCAGCCAAGCCAUCCAGGUGAACAAUCUACUGUUUGUAUCUGGCAACCUGGGAUGGGAUAUGAACAGACAGGGGUUGGUGCCAGGAGGGGCGGUGCCGGAAACUGAACAGCUGUUUAAGAAUCUCUCUGCCGUCCUGGAGGCAGCCGGCUGUUCCCCGAGAAACGUGGUCAAAGUGAACGUCUACCUGAAAGACAUGAGCGAUUUCGCAGCUGUCAACGAAGUCUACCUCAGAUACUUCAAUCAAGAGCCCCGUCCAGCCCGAACUGCUGUGCAAGUAGCUAAACUGCCACGGGGUGCCAGAGUUGAAAUGGAGGCGACAGCUGUAGUGGGGAAAAUACACGAUGUGACUUCACGCCUGUAAGCUAUCAAACAGCUCUGUGUAAUAGUACAGUGACCGUAGAUGUCAUCUCAUCAGUGAGGCCACUCCAUGUAACCCUGGUGCUGGAGAAGUCAUGUGGUGUUUGUACAGUGGAAAAAUGUAGACUGGCUGACACGACAAUACAAAGGCUGAAAGAAACGAUCGCACGCACACACAGUUUAGGAAAUGUAUGUAACGCACAUGCUGUGAUUCUAUAAGUAAAGCUAUUAUGUUUCAAAA